GAAGCACUCAACGCAACCCCCAUUGACGGACUUCAAUUUAUUUACUUGGUAGUAAUCGUCUCCUUUGUUCUUUUUCUCUUUAAAUCCCAACGACUGCAACGGCUGUGUGGCAGCAUUGUGGACGUCAUCUUCUUUUGUUGUUGUUGUUGUUCUUCCCUCUCUCUUGCUCCUUGCGGAUUGUUUCGUCUUGCCUUUACAGACACCCACGUGCGCUGGUCUGCAGCUUCGCCCACGUCGUCGCUUCACUGCUUCACGUUGAAAGCGCGGGUAACGUGUCACGGCCUUCGUUUCUGAUUCUCCUUCCGCGGUUGUGUUUGUUGGUGUUGUGGUUCGUGUUCGUCGCUUCCUUUCUUCUUGAUUGUCUCUCCUCGGCAUUACGUGCAAAUGUAUAGGAGAGCUACAUCAGCUAAAGGGCUUUUUGCUUUCUUUUUUAGCGAAGGUGUGUAGACUUGCUCGUAUUGUGUUGUGAGCAUUGUUCCGCCUCUUUUUUGUUUGUUUAUCCUCUAAUAGGUUCCGUUGUUUUCCUUGGUUGUGUCCUCCUUCCACGCUCAUUCGCGAGAAAGAGAAGUACAAGCGCGCAACCCCCAAAAAAAGGUCUGUUUUUGGUUAUUUAUUUAUUAUUAUUAUUUGGGAUUUUCGUUCCAGCUGUACAGCGCUCUUCACCAGCGUGCCUCAGCGUGUCAUCGCCCUCCUUUUCCUCUUUUCGCAGUUCCAGCUUAUACAUAUAUAUUUGGUUUUUUUUUUCUUUCAAGACAGGAAUCGGAGAGUUUUUUCAUGUGUAUUUGAGUUUGUGUGUGUGUGUGAGGCAUAUAUAUAUAUAUUCUUUUACUCACUCACCCAAGCACGCUCUCUCUCUCUCUCGUUUACGUUUUUUUUUGUUGUUGUUAUUGCUAUUGAAUUCGACCGGCUUCUUCGCCCUCUCAAUUGCUUUGCGAAGCUUCUGCUGUUUUGAGUCCAGGUGUUUUUCUCUUUUUAUUAUUAUUGUUUGUUUGUUUUUGUAAGACAAAAAAAAACGCUUCUUUCUGUGCGGUCGUCUUCCUUUUUUUUUCUUCUUUUUCUUCCUCUUUUUGCCCUUUGCCUUGGCCGUCAACAUUGGCGCCUUCAAGGCUAAAUUCCUCCCGCCCGCCCCACAUCAACAAACUACCCAAAGCGCACUCUUGUAUCUAUAUUCCUCCUCACUUGUUUGUUUGUUUUUCGGUGUUUCAUUUAUUCGCUCUUCUUCUUCUUGACCCAUCAGCGAGGAGGUUUCGAAAUGAAGCAGCUAGUGCAGCACCGGCCGGCGCCGCCGUUGACGUUUGCGCAGGCCCGGUACGCGAACACGUCGCACCCCGUGGCCCCGACCUUUCCGGCCAGCUUCGAUCUCUUCUCCAGCCUGUCCAACGGCGACUCGAUCGCUCGCGACUUUGUGCAGGUUGCGGUGCCGACCCUCUCCGUGGUGCUGCUCAUCUUGUGGCUGGCACGACUCGUGGUACACCGGCGGCAGCGGCGGCAGAGGGUGCGCAUGGCGCGGAGCUGGGACGCCGUGCCGAAUUACGCCGCAGCGCUGAAGGCAGCGGACGGGCUGAUGCUCUGCCAGCACCCGCAGCGUCGCGCACCCUCGCCUUCGCACGCCGCCAACGCUCGAAGCUGCACCAUCUGUUUCGCCUCCGCGGUAGAGCACCCGGUGGCGCUGCUGCCGUGUGGGCAUCAAGAGUUCUGCGCCCACUGCGUUGUGCAGCUGUGGGAGUACACCGGGGUGUACCGCCAGCUCAAGUGUCCGCUGUGCCGGCAGCCCGUCGAGCUGAUGUGUCCGGUGCGGGUAGGAAACUGCACGCCCUCCCUCGACGACGUUCUUCUGCUCCAAAAGUACAACGGCGGCUUCUGCGGGGCGAGGAAGCACUCGCUGCUGGAUCGGUGGGUGCUGCGUCUGCGUGCGGUGACCAACGCGCGGUGGCUGCCCUUCGUGAUUGGGCUGCGCAUUGCCGUGCUGCACGCCACCAUCUUCACGUACAUCGUGCUGCCCAUCUUUGUGUCUGACCCCACCGAUGCGACGGCGAGCAUCGUGCAGAUAGUCGCGUCCGAUUCAGUCGUGUGUCUGCGUGCGCGGCAGCGAUACAAGUCCUCAUCACCGCGGUGCAGUACACCGUGA